AUGCACUGGGAUCAGAACAACUUGCAGUUGGGUGCGAGCAUUCAUGAAGACAGAGAUGAAUGGGAGGACGAGGAUGCGGCUUGGCGUAAAAUGGAAGUGAUAAUUCAAGUCCCUUUUUCACGGACCACAGCUCAUCCAGAUGCUCGACGCUAUAUCGCAACAGAUCUUUACCAUCGACCUCUUGUCUCUGUCAUUUGGGAAAAGCUCUCAAACGCUCAGGAUGAUGAAUUUUUUCAUUAUGAGCCUUAUCACCUGCGAUGGAGUGCCCCCCAUCUUCAACGUGAAGUAAACAUUCAAGGCGAGCUAUAUACAUCACCGGCCUUCAUGGAUACACACCGCAAACUUCAGGAGUCUCCUGGAGAGCCAGGAUCCCUCGCAUCACACCCUUACCCCGACCUCGCCCUUGUUAUCCUCAUCAUACUUGCAUUUCCUUUCGCCCUCUACCUGUCGCUUCAACAGAGCCAGUACAUCUGGCUGGACCCUUUUGCUGACGAAGCAUACCCAUGCUCCGUCCCACCACCUGACUGA